AAUGCAUCACAAGCCAUGCCAACCGACAUGAUUAUCCACAAGGAAACAUCGUUUCGGAGCAUGCGGAGAAUGCUAUUAAUUUCGUGGCCUAGUCAAAAAGGUUCCAAACUUUAAUUUGCCUAUCAUUUCGCACCUAAUAAUAACAUAACUACUGUAGCUGCAAACGUGAAACGACCCUACAAAAAAGGACAGCUAAUUCAAUAUCAUGGAUUGUGAGGACAGUGCCAGCCUGUCUCUUCCCUACCAACCUGAUCCUGAACCUACGGUCACACUGGGUCCUGACUGUAACAGUGGAGCUCAGUGCACGUUGCCGCCUCUUGCACUGCUGCUGGAAGACUGCAUUAACCUGCUGGGGCCAAAUGCAGAGUCUAUGAAACUCGAGGAGGAUUGUGAGGACAGUCCCAGCCUGUGUCUUCCCCACCAACCUGAUCCCAAUUCGCCCCUCAAGAGGGUGACCGUACUGCUGAAGGACUGCAGGAAAUUACUGAGUCCUGGCUGUAACAGUGGAGCUCGGAGGAUACUGCUGCCUCUCAAGAGAGUUCGAGUACAGCUGGAGGACUGCAGGAAGAAGCUGGGGCCAAAUGCACAAUCUAUACAAGUUGAGGUUGUUGAUAGCAGAGGUUCAACUCAUCCAGAUUUUAUGUGGCCCAGAGGGUGACAUUUUCCUCACAAAACAGCACUGAACUGUGGAAGACCACAUCACAAUACUCUGCAGUGUGGUAAAGUUAGUAAUACAUUUUUUUUAAAUUCAAGCUCUAGUUGCAGUAUUAAAUUACUGCCUUAUGUACUGUCUUGACUUGUGUCAAAAUGCUUUUUAUGCAUGGGACAAAUGUCACCAUGGUCCUUUCUAAUUAUUUUAAAUGUUGUUCAAUGCUUAUCUUGUCUGGCUUGUUAUUACUGUGAUCUUGUUGAAAUGAUUUAACUGAUUUAGUUGAAUCUGGUUUAGUUAUUCAUAGUGAAUGUGUUUUUGGAUAAACCGACAGACCUAUGUGUUUAAUUUAGAUGUAAAAUAAAAGAUUUCCACGAAAGUGUAAAACUCUUUUCCUCA